GGGGCGGUUGGGUGGUUAGUCCUGGGACGGGAAUGGGAUGCCGUGUGGAGUCCGAAUUAGUUCAGUGCUACAGCUGGACUCCAGUUGUUUAUACUCUUGAUGAUGGCCCCCUGUAGAGCUUGCAAAUACAAAUACUCGGCUACUUGCACUCUAGAGGGGGCUAGUAGGAGUAAGCUAACCUCCGUAUGUUUCUUUCUGAAGCAUUGCUUGGUCUAAGAAGAUACGAUCUUAGCUUCGGGUCUACGCCAAUAAUUGUACUAGCGUACUGGAGAAGAAAAAUAGCUGUACUGGCUUCGCUUGCUAACCGAGGUUCUUGUAAUCUUGUGUUGAUAAUAAUAAAAAAAGGAAAUACGGAGUAAGCUCCAAUUGGAUGCCACAUCGACGGGCUAGGCGACUCAAUAGCUCUCAUUUCCUGUCGUGCACUUACUUAUGAUCUACUGACUACUAGUGUAAUGUACCACUAUUUCUUUCAAGCCACAAGGUCCUUACAACUGCAGCUGCCACGGUUUAUGAUUUAGGCUGUCCUCGACUUCUAUUGUCCCCGGGUGACUUCAGAUUUCGUUCUUGGUUUCGUAAUUUGUUUGACUUCCUGCAUGUGGAAUAAAUGAGGUAGUGACGGGAAGUUGUCCAUGUGAGGAAAUUCUGACCUUCCGUGGUGUCACUAGAUGCCGCUCGCUCUCCUGUUUACAGUCACCUCUCUAGCAGUCUGUCUAGCUCUGUGCUACCAAACACUUGCGUUUUCCUAACAAACACUGGUGGCCCACUCCCAACUGUAAAGCACGGAUGCUUUUCCUAUUCACUGAUAAAGUUGCAUUCUUCCCGUCCCCUGACUGUCCUUUUUGUGAAUUUCAAGAAAGCGAUGUCAAAAGUGCUUGUUUCCAUUAAUUUCAGCUCAGUACUCGAAUUUGCUGUUAAGGGUUUCUGUACACAUUAUUGGAGGCUUAUAUGGAUUCAUGCUGCAUUAUUUUGUCUAACACUUGCAGGAUGCAAUCAUUUGUUAUCCAUUUAUUUGCUGCUACAAAACCAACCUUUUGUGACCAUCUUUAUAAGCUCAAUUGGUGUUUAUCAUUUGCUGCACGGAAGCUCUACAUGGUGGAAACAAUUAGGAUUCAAGGGUAUUUUAAAGAUGACGAAGGCAGCAACUCUUUAUGGGAGCAAGACGCAGAGCGAUGCCCUGCGGCCAGGGCCAUUGCGUCCAGCAAAUUUUAUCAGAAAUAAAUUCCCCACAUACAAGAAUGGUUCAAAUGGUAUAGUGAUCAAGCUGGCUGAUGGUCCAGAAAUGCCACCUCUCAAGGAGAUCGUUGCAAAGGAGACUGCAGAUCUACUUGACCGUCGUCAGCGUCUCUCUGUCCGUGAACUCGCGAUGAAGUUUGAGAAGGGUCUCAACACUGCCACCCUGCUGUCGAAUGAGGUUAAAUGGAGACAAGUAGCUUUGCUGGAGCGGGAUAUCCUUUUGAAGAAUCUAAAGAGUGUAUUAGAGUCACUGAGAGGUCAGGUGACGGGCAAAACUAAGGAUGAAAUCGAGGAGUCUAUAUCUAUGGUGGAGAUCCUCGCGGUUCAGCUCUCCAAAAGAGAGGCUGAGUUGCUUCAGCAAAAAGAAGAAGUCACAAAAUUAGCAAAAUCAUUAAAGCAGGCUUCUGAAGACGCAAAGAGAAUUGUUGAAGAAGAAAGAGCUAAUGCUCAUACAGAAAUAGAAACUGCUAAGAGUGCUGUCCAGAGAGUUCAGCAAGCAGUUCAGGAGCAUGAGAAGAUGUCCCAAAAUACUGGGAAACAAGACAUGGAAGAACUAAAGAAAGAAGUUAGAGAAGCCCGGAGGAUCAAAAUGUUGCAUCAGCCCAGCAAGGCAAUGGAUCUGGAAAAUGAAAUACGAAUUUUACGUAACACGUUUGCUGAGAAGUCCAAGGAUUGUGUUAAUCUUUUGAAAGAGUUGGAAAUGCAUAAAAGGUUAAAAGAAAAUGGUACCAUCCCUUCAUUUGAUUUGGAGGGUCUCCAAUGCUUAGGAUCAAUGCUACGUAUAGUUGGUCUGAGUGGUACCCACAUGGAUUUGUCAAAUAUUUCAAUCCAGUGGUUCCGGAUACAUCCAAAAGAAAGCAACAAAGAGAUUAUUUCAGGUGCCACAAGACCAGUAUAUGCUCUAGAGCCACAUGAUGUUGGACGCUAUUUGCAAGCUGAAAUCGAUGUUGGCGGUGAAAUUGCAGUAGCAAAGACAGCUGGGCCAGUAGACCCUGAUGCUGGAUUGGUUGAUUAUGUGGAGACACUCGUAAGGAAACCUGAAACUGAAUUCAAUGUUGUUGUGCUUCAAUUGAAUGGCGUUGACCAGCCAAAAGAGUCAGUUCAUGUACUCAAUGUCGGAAGACUGCGGAUGAGGCUUACUAAAGGGAAGUCGGUAGUUGCCAAGGAAUUCUAUUCCUCAUCAAUGCAGUUAUGUGGUGUUAGAGGUGGUGGCGAAGCAGCCUCGCAGGCAAUGUUUUGGCGACCCAGAAACGACCUCAGCUUGGUGCUAGCCUUCGAGAGCACUCGGGAACGCAACACAGCCAUCAUGCUUGCUCGGCGAUUCGCUAUAGAUUGCAAUAUCAUCCUUGCUGGGCCAGGCGACAAAACUCCCUGGUGAACGAAGAUGGUACCUGUGCUCUGCUGAUCCCACCACUCUUAACAAUCUGCGAUUCGUGCAGUGAUGUACAUCUUGUGUGCACAGCGUGUUUGCACCAGUUCCUCUAAUUUUUCAGUCUGGCGUCUGUGCUGUUCUGCUCGUCCUCGUGUUGUAGGUUUCUGAAAGAAGGCGCUGUGCGCACCGUUUUAACCGCCUCGGCGCCGCCUUUCUAUCUCACUGUGCUGUGUUUUUCAGUCGCGAGGGUUGUAAUCUGUUGCUAGGAGAUGCGACAGUAAUGUAAGCUUGAUGCGGUACACGUCUAAUUGUGUUUGACAUAUGUUAGUGUUGAUGUUGAAGCAAUUGAUAGGUAAUAUGUGUGGGAGUGAGGGAAGAAACCUUCUAACCCACCUCGGUUGUGAUGCGAGCCCAAAUACUGGCUCGCGGUUCUUGUUCAAUGAUACAAUUGCACAAUUAGAUUUGAAAAUAAAAAUUUGCCUUCGAAUGUA